AAAAAAAAAAAAAAAAAAAGGAGGCAAUGGAUUUUCUCACACUUUUGCUACUAUUAUUCCCACUCAUGUGGGCAUUUUCUCAUGUCUCGGUAACAAAAUUCCGGCUCACAAAGCUUCCGCCGGGGCCUUUCCCUCUUCCGAUCAUAGGUAACCUUCUCCUAAUCGGACAAAACCCCCACCGCUCUAUUGCGAAGCUAUCAAAGACUUACGGCCCCUUAAUGUAUCUCAAACUCGGAACAAUACAAACAAUUGUGGCGUCUUCACCGGAAAUGGCAAAAGAAAUUCUACAGAAACACGAUCAGAUUUGCUCCGAUCGGACGGUACCUCACACGGCCCAAGCAGCAAACCACCAUAAGAGUUCAUUAGCCUGGCUACCGGUGGGUACCAAAUGGCGUAAAUUUCGUAAAAUUUGCAAAGAGCACAUGUUCACGGUACAUAAGCUCCAAUCGAGCGAAGGCCUCCGCAAAGAAAAGCUGCAGCAGUUGCGUGAUUACUUGCACGAAUGUUGCAGUAAUAGACGAGUUGUUGAUAUUGGGGAGGUUGCAUUUGUGACCUCCCUUAAUUUGAUUUCAACAACUCUCUUUUCUAUUGAUUUUGCUCGCUUCGGCUCCGAUUCUGCUCAAGAAAUGAAGGGUACUAUCAAGGGCUUGAUGAAGAUUUUAGGGACCCCUAACCUUGCUGAUUACUUCCCGAUUCUUAAGCGGAUCGAUCCACAAGGCCUUAAGCGCGAAUCGGAAGCUUAUGCUGGGAAGUUGCUAACGACAUUCGAUCAAAUAACUAGUGAAAGGUUGCGAUUAAUGGGCAUGUCCUCUUCUGAUUCUCCUAGAAAAAAUGAUUUACUUCAAGUACUUCUCGAUCUCAACCAAGAACGCGAUUCUGACUUGAGCCGCGACGAGUUAAAGCAUUUGUUUUUGGUCUUAAUUGUUGGUGGAGCAGAUACGAGCACAGAUACCGUGGAAUGGGCAAUGACAGAACUGUUAAGAAAUCCUGAAAUAAUGUCGAAAGCAAAGAAUGAGCUAAGGACUGUGAUUGGAGAAAACAAACAAGUGGAAGAAUCCGAUAUCUCUAAACUCCCUUAUUUACGUGCAGUGAUUAAAGAGACCUUUAGAUUUCAUCCGGUCGCCCCAUUUUUAAUCCCUCACAAGGCAAAUGCUAAUGUAGAAAUGAAUGACUAUAUUAUCCCCAAAGAUGCUCAAAUACUUGUGAAUAUAUGGGCAAUGGGAAGAGACUCAAGUAUAUGGUCAAAUCCAAAUAUCUUUGAGCCUGAACGAUUUUUAGACAGCAAAAUCAACUUCAAGGGCCAUGAUUUUGAGUUCAUUCCCUUUGGUUCGGGAAGGAGAAUAUGCCCUGGGAUGCCAUUGGCGCACAUUAUGGUGCAUCUAAUGGUGGCAUCUUUGAUUCAUGAUUUUGAAUGGAAACUUGAACCAGGGAUAAAACCUGAGGAAAUGGACUUGAAUGAGAUGUUCGGGCUCUCACUCCAUAAGGCAGUGCCUCUUAAGACUUUUCCUGUCAAGUGGUCAUGAAUCGUAAAAAUAAAAGCCCUUUUCAUUCGA